AUGGUACGGUUCCAGACAGAAGUCACCUAUGACACGCUGGAGAUCAGGGAUGGCCCCUCAGCAUCCUCUCUCCUGAUCGGCGAAUACCAUGGUACCCAAGCGCCUCAUUUCCUGAUUUCCACAUCAAACUUCCUGUUCCUGUUGUUCACUACAGACAACAGCCGUUCUGCCGCAGGCUUCAGCAUCAGAUAUGAAAUGAAUGGUCGUCGCCAUGGCAGCAGCUUUUCCAUUGGCUCUCGUGUGUCAUUUACAUGUGACCCGGGAUACACACUUAGCGAUCAGGAGCCAAUUGUUUGCGAGCAGAAUCAUCAGUGGAGUCACGCUCUUCCCAGUUGUGAUGCUCUUUGUGGAGGUUAUGUUUAUGGUAAAACGGGAACAAUUCUGUCUCCUGGCUUUCCUGACUUCUACCCCAAUUCUCUAAACUGCACCUGGACCAUAGAAGUGUCCCAUGGAAAAGGAGUCCAUUUGGUUUUCCACACUUUCCAUCUGGAAGAGAACCAUGACUACUUGUCAAUCACAGAGGAUGGCAAUUUUCAGGUUCCGGUAGCUCGACUCACUGGCUCCGUGCUGCCUCCUAGUGUUAAAGCUGGACUCUAUGGGAACUUCAGCGCUCAGCUACAGUUUAUUUCAGAUUUUUCCAUGAGUUACGAAGGAUUUAAUAUCACUUUCUCAGAGUAUGACUUGGAGCCAUGUGAGGGUCCUGGUGUACCAGCAUCCAGCAGGAGAAUGGGACUCAGCUUUCAAGUUGGUGAUUCAUUGAACUUUUCUUGCUUCCCUGGCUACCGACUUGAGGGAGAGAGCAAGAUCACUUGUCUGGGAGGAGGCAGGCGAGUCUGGAGCAACAUGCUACCACGAUGUAUAGCUGAGUGUGGGGCCUCCUCACUGGGACCAGAAGGUGUUCUCCUUUCUCCAAAUUUCCCCUCCAACUACAGUAACAACCAUGAGUGCAUCUACCGCAUUACUACUGAAAAGGGCAAAGGAAUCAGGCUGAAAGCUGAGAGCUUCUCAUUGCAGGAUGGAGAUUAUCUCAAGGUGUGUACCCUGUGCACACUCACACAGAUAUGCAUGCAAAAAAUGACAAAUUUCACCAAUUAG